AUGCACCAGAAGGGCCCCUUUGUGAAACAGUCAAUGGCAGAGAUUGAAAGGGGAAAUAAGGUCCUCAAAUCCAAUUUCCAGGGAAAGCAGCAAAGCAAUUACUUCUAUUUCUCUAAGGACAUCGAUAUGGAAGAUGGAUUUUCAUACGUGGGAAUCAAGGAGGAUUCUUGCAAGCACAAAAUCAUCUGUCAUAUGCACCGCAUUGUACCAACUCUUCCCAAUUCCAUCAUUCAACUUUACCAACUCAUCAGCAAAAGGCUGAAGAAUGCCGAAAAGUACGAGGAGCCAAUAGAACUUGGGUUGCAGAAUGGUGACUGUGACAAAAUUUAUUACAAUUGCACGGAUUAUUUAGCGCCGAACGUCUUGCGACAGCACGUAGAUUUCAACCUGGACUUGGUCUGCCCGUUCGAUCUGACAUAUCUCGGCUCGGGAUCCCUCUCUCGGCUGCCCAUUCUCACCAUCCCCGCCUUAAUCCUGGUCUUCUUCUUCAUCUACGGCCUCUUCGCUAUCCCCGUAGGUUUUAUAACAGAAGCGGCAGUAUCUCCUAUUACUAAAGGCAAGAGAAGUGUUGAAGAUGAUCCCAUUCUGCGCUGGUCCAACCUGCUCUCUCGUUUGGAUAUGGAAGAUGGAUUUUCAUACGUGGGAAUCAAGGAGGAUUCUUGCAAGCACAAAAUCAUCUGUCAUAUGCACCGCAUUGUACCAACUCUUCCCAAUUCCAUCAUUCAACUUUACCAACUCAUCAGCAAAAGGCUGAAGAAUGCCGAAAAGUACGAGGAGCCAAUAGAACUUGGGUUGCAGAAUGGUGACUGCGACAAAAUUUAUUACAAUUGCACGGAGUCCGUCUCAAGUCUUUCCAAAGGCGCCAUAGGUCGCCCGGCCUCGGCGGCAUCGGGAUCUCCGGUGAGGAUGUGUCGGUCGACGAGGACUCUAUGGGACGAGGAGAUGGACACGGUCGUGUGCAUCGGGCUCCCCAUUCCAGUUUCUGUACUUUUUACUCUGAACUUCACCUGUGAAGACGAACAGCCAAUCAUGGGAUCCAUAGUCCUGGGCCUGAACCAAUUUCCAGUUCUGGAAUUCGACGCCACAGACGUGGCUCAUACGAUCCAGAAUCUCCUUUAUGGAGUGUGCAUAGUUUACAUGUUCUGGCAUAUGCUUCUACCCAUAGUAGCCCUGAGCCUCAAAGAAGUCUUCUGUGUCUUCGAGACGGCGGAUUGUCGAGAUCGGUUCAGGAUCGGCGAUCCGACGCCUGAAUUCGAUGAAUUCUUCGUCUUUAACCCCGAUAAAACCAACGAACUCAACAUCCGGGGCAGGAAACGGAGGAAAAAAAGACGACGACGAUCCAUUUCCUUCUAUUAUUCCCAUCCUCAUCGGAAUGAGGUGAGAGGAGAAUAUGGAAUUCACAGCUGA